AAUCACUCGAGCCACGUCGAUCCAAAUACUAUGUCUAUAUAACAGACCCAGAUCCCUUCUCUCUCCUCCCACCUGUCUCAUCUCCCUCUCUCCGAAUCUCUCACCGCCGCCGCCGUAAUAGGAGAACGCCGGCGACACCGAUGAUUCCGUACGCAACGGUGGAGGAGGCCGCCGCGGCGCUCGGCCGGAACCUGACGAGUUUGGAGGCCUCCUGGUUCAAUUACUCCGCCACGAAGUCGGAUUACUACCUCUACUGCCACAACAUUUUGUUCCUCUUACUCGUCUUCUCCGCCGCUCCUCUCCCUUUCGUCCUCGUCGAGGUCGCGCGAUCCGCCGCCGGGUGGUUUGAUCGGUACAAGAUUCAGCCCAAGGUGCAGUAUUCUGUCUCCGAUAUGUUCCGGUGCUACAGAGACGUCAUGAAGAUGUUUGUGUUCGUCGUCGGGCCAUUGCAGCUCGUUUCUUACCCUUCGAUCAAGAUGAUUGGGAUUCGAUUCGGUUUGCCAUUGCCAUCGACUGGGGAGCUUUUGGCUCAGUUGUUGGUGUAUUUCUUGAUAGAGGACUACACAAAUUACUGGAUCCACAGAUUCUUCCAUUGUAAAUGGGGUUACGAAAAGAUUCAUCGUGUUCAUCACGAGUAUACGUCUCCGAUCGGAUAUGCUGCACCUUACGCGCAUUGGGCCGAGGUCUUGCUUCUGGGGAUUCCGACGUUUCUGGGUCCAGCGAUUGUUCCUGGACACAUUAUAACCUUCUGGCUGUGGAUAGCUCUACGGCAAAUGGAGGCCAUUGAGACUCAUAGCGGAUAUGAUUUCCCCUGGACUCCAACUAAAUACAUACCCUUCUAUGGAGGUGCUGAGUACCAUGACUACCAUCAUUAUGUUGGAGGACAAAGCCAGAGCAACUUUGCUUCAGUCUUCACUUACUGUGAUUACAUCUAUGGAACUGAUAAGGGCUACCGGUUCCAAAAGAAACUUCUGCAGAAGAUGAAGGAGGAGGAGAAGAGCAAACAGAACGGAGGACUCAAAUGCGAGUAGAAAAAGCCCCGAAACUUUUCCAGAGACAGAUCACCGAAAACUGCUCGUCUUGAUCCACGAAACGUAAGCGUAUAAUAGAGCCGCAGCCUUUAACGGGUAGUGUCGGGUUUCUGCAGUUGCUGCUAACUACCAAAGUUCAUGACAAAGGGACUCGUUUCAUAUUCUUAUCCGUGUCUCGUGUCUGUGUCGUUCAUCUUAGCCUUUAAAGGGGGUAGUUCCGGCUUGUGGGUUUGUAUUAAAUUUCGUUUUUUUAGGACAAGCGAAACAAAAACGACAACUGUUGAUGCAAGUUAAGCUUUUUUGUCUUUCUCUCAAAUGCAAAUGCAAUUGUCGGAAUGGUGAGAGCCCAA